GCCCCGCCGCCCCCCGGGGACAGACUUAAAGGGCCGACAGGCUCGGCGACCACAGGAUGGCCCCGCGCUGACCACCCAGGUUCUGCGCCGCCCGUGUGGACGUUCCCGGCCCGAUCCCGCGCCACCAUGUAAACGGCGCCCGCAGGCGGACUGGCUUCUCCGUCCCGGACAUCUCCGCCCUUCCCCGGGCCUCAGAGCCCUAGAUGAGGACACACCAUGCUGACUGGGGUGACGGAUGGGAUCUUCUGCUGCUUGCUGGGUGCACCACCCAACGCAGUGGGGCCCCUGGAGAAUGUCGAGUCCCGGGAUGGCUACACUUUUGUGGAAGUCAAGCCUGGCCGAGUGCUGCGAGUAAAGCACGCUGGACCUUCUCCGGCCCCCACGCUGCCUCCACCACUGCCGGAGGCUGCCCAGGGGGUCCAGUCAGGCUUGGUCCACUGCCAGCGCCGUAUCACCGUGUACCGAAAUGGGCGGUUAUUGGUAGAGAACCUGGGCCGGGCCCCAAGAGCUGACCUCCUGCAUGGGCAGAACGGCUCUGGGGAGCCGCCUGCCGCCCUUGAGGUGGAGCUGGCGGACCCAGCAGGCAGCGAUGCGCGCUCAGGCCCUGGCAGCAGCGGCAGUGGUCGGCGGCGGAGAGGUCGGCGCCCUAGGCGGAUCAUCCAUAUUGACUGCGAGAAGCGCAUCACCAGCUGCAAGGGUGCCCAGGCCGAUGUCGUGCUCUUUUUCAUUCAUGGUGUCGGGGGCUCCCUGGCCAUCUGGAAGGAGCAGCUGGACUUCUUUGUGCGUCUGGGCUACGAGGUGGUGGCACCCGAUCUGGCUGGCCAUGGGGCCAGUUCAGCGCCGCAGGUGGCCGCAGCCUACACCUUUUAUGCACUGGCGGAGGACAUGCGCGCCAUCUUCAAGCGCUAUGCCAAGAAGCGAAACGUGCUCAUUGGGCACUCCUACGGUGUCUCCUUCUGCACGUUCCUGGCACAUGAGUACCCGGACCUGGUGCACAAAGUGAUCAUGAUCAAUGGCGGGGGCCCCACUGCCCUGGAGCCCAGCUUCUGCUCCAUCUUCAACAUGCCUACAUGUGUCCUGCACUGCCUGUCCCCCUGCUUGGCUUGGAGCUUCCUAAAGGCUGGCUUUGCCCGCCAAGGGGCCAAAGAGAAGCAGUUACUGAAAGAAGGCAACGCGUUCAAUGUAUCCUCCUUUGUGCUGCGGGCCAUGAUGAGUGGUCAGUACUGGCCUGAGGGUGAUGAGGUCUACCAUGCCGAGCUCACCGUGCCUGUCCUGCUUGUCCAUGGCAUGCAUGACAAAUUUGUGCCAGUGGAGGAAGACCAGCGCAUGGCUGAGAUCCUGCUCCUGGCAUUCCUGAAGCUCAUCGAUGAAGGCAGCCACAUGGUGAUGCUGGAGUGCCCAGAGACAGUUAACACACUGCUCCAUGAGUUCUUGCUGUGGGAACCGGAGCCUUUGCCCAAGGCCCUGCCCGAGCCCCCGCCUGCACCACUGGAGGAGAAGGAGAAGAAGUAGAUGCUGGGCCGGCCAAGGCAUCACUUGGUGAGCAGGAGGAACCAGAGUCAGCCCAACAGGCGCUGGGUCUGCAGAGUUGACUACCUGGACCCGCAGUUCGCUCAGGUGGGCGGGGCGUUUGCUCAGGUGGGCGGGGUUAGGUCUGGGAGACGCCCCCAGUCUGGCCGCAUUGUUCCUGGGAAACCAGUGGACACACUGCUCUCUGCUUGCAUCCUGUGCGACCAUCGGUGUUUUGGGACCGCAGUCGGGUCCCCUGUGGAGGAUGACCAUGUACAGAAGCUCCCUCUCCCCCCAACCCCCAACCAGCGACCAAGGAAGGACCCCAAACCCGCUCUGUCUUCUGUGUCAACCAUGCUUGACUCUGUAACUCAUGAGCCCCACAGGGACCCUUAAGAGUCCUACCCCAUUUCUCAGAGCCCCUCACACCCCAUUCCUCAGCACUGGGAGCUAUUGUUGCCCAAAGGGGUAGGGAUGGGGGUGCUGGCAACAUUGAACCUGCACAUCUCAAAUUGUAACUCAAUAAAAAAUAACAAUCGGAA